UGAGAUGUAGAACUGGCACUCAGCGGCGUUAGUUAAGUUACUGAUAUGGUGCGACUGUAAUUUGGAGAAAUUUAUGUGAAUUGCUCCUCCGAGGUUAUCGGUCUCAGAAUGCACGAAAGACUUCUUCCUGCCUCUCCAAACUGGUACUGUUCGCGGUCCAGCGACACAAAUGCUAAGGGUAUUUUUGGAUUCGGGGCUAAAAACACAAUAUAUUUGAUUAGCGUCACUGCCUCGUCGCCUGUGGUUGUGGGUGAACUUAAUGGGCACAGAGAGAAAGUGUCUGGCUUUGCAUUUUGCCACCACCCCGGUGAAGAGAAUCUGUGUGCCAGCACCUCUGAUGAUGGGACAGUCAAAAUCUGGGACAUCAACGAGAAGGUUGCGCUGAAAGACCACAAAGCUCACCAGAGCACAAUCACAGCCCUGCACUGGUCUCCAGUUGAGAAAGACUUGGUUGUUUCGGGAGACGAGAAGGGCAUUGUUGUUUGCUACUGGCGCAACAGGGAUGACACACAAACCUUCUUCCCUGAACCGAGAAACAUCUUCUGCUUGUCCUGCUCACCUCAUAAUGGAAACUACAUUGCUGUGGGGUAUAAAGACGGAAUGAUCGUAGUGAUUGACAUCAGUAAGAAGAACGAGGUGGUUCACCGACUCCGAGGCCACGAUGAUGAGAUCCACGCCCUGGCCUGGUGUCCUCGUCCCGAUGAGGAGGCGCUGUACAGCCGGCCAGAGGAAAACCCGGAAGUAACCAAUGGGGUGACAGAAGGACACGAAAAGGGGUGUUACCUGGCUUCAGGAAGCAAGGACCAGACGGUGCGAAUAUGGAGCACGGCCAGGGGGAAAGGUGUGAUGACCCUCAAGCUUCCUUUCCUGAAGAGAAGAGGGGCAGGCAUCGACCCAAGCGUCAAGGAGAGGCUCUGGCUCACUGUGCAUUGGCCUGCAGGGAAGCCAACGCAUGUUGUGUCAAGCUGCUUUGGGGGUGAGCUGAUACUGUGGGAUCUUGCCAAAUCAGGCAAGCAAAAGUGGAGUCUCCUGGGCACGUCCUCAGACGGCCAGAACCACAGCCGUAUUGUCUUCAACAUGAGCUCUGUGUGCUUGGGCCAAGAUCAGGAGCUCUUGAUCAGCACAUCCAUGGACAGAGAGAUUAAAUGUUGGGACCUGUCCUCCUUGGAGUGCUGUUGGACUCUGCCCACCUUGGGGGGAUUUGUGUACAGUUUGGCCUUUUCCCCUGUGGGAACAGGCUGCCUUGCCUUGGGGAUCGGGGACAACAUGAUCCGCGUAUGGGACACCCUGUCCAUCCACAACAAGUAUGACACCAAGACCUUCUGGCAGGGCAUCAAAUCCAAGGUCACUGCUUUGUCCUGGCACCCAAAGAAGGAGGGCUCCGUAGCAUUUGGAACUGAUGAUGGCAAAGUUGGAAUUUAUGAAGCUUAUUCCAAUAAGCCUCCUCAGAUAUCAAGCACUUAUCAUCGAAAGACUGUCUACACAUUGGCCUGGGGACCCCUAGUACCUCCACUGUCAUUUGGAUCAGGUGACAAGCCACCAUUCAGCCUGUACAGCUGUGCUGGAGAGGGGGUCAUUUUCCAGCAUGACCCCUGGAAUCUGGCAGGAGAAGCCACGGACAUUGACAAGGUCAUCCGCGACACCAACAACAUUAAGCACAAGCUUUCACCUCACACGGAUCUGUGCUGGAAACCAGACGGGAAGGUGGUAGCCAUUGGCAAUGAAGAUGGAUCAAUAGAGGUGUUUCAAGCCCCAAACCUCAAGCUGCUUUGCAGCAUACAGCAGCACCACAAGAUCAUCAACGUCCUCCGCUGGCACCACGAGCAUGGCAGUCAACCCGAACUGGGCUACCUCCUCGCCUCUGGGUCCAGCAGCGCAGUGGUGUAUGUGCACGACCUCAGGGGGGUCAUAGAGUCCCCACCGGAGACUCCGCCUGUGAUCACCGAAGCGUACCGGAGCCUGGCGGGACACACGGCAAAAAUCACCAACCUGGCCUGGAGCCCCCAUCAUGACGGGCGGCUGGCCACCGUCUGCUACGACGGCACCGCUCAGGUGUGGGACGUGCCGAAGGAGGAGGCGCUGUCUAACUACAGAGGGCACAAGGGCCGACUGCUGUGUGUGCAGUGGUCUCCGGUGGACCCGGACGUGGUCUGGACGGGGGGCGAUGACUUCACCGCACAGGAGUGGCGAGUGUCCAAGCAGGAGCACACCAAGCCCCCGCGAGGAAAGAAGAGCAUUGAGCUGGAGAAGAAAAGGGCCUCACAGCAGAAGUCCAAAGCCAAGAAGAAAAAGAAGGCCUCUGGGAAAGGGGGCGUCAAGGUGGAGGAGACCGAGUCUCCCAACGGAGAGGAGAACAGAGUAGGGAGCCCUGCAGGACCUGAAGAGGAACUGUCCAAUAACGAGGAGGAGGAGACGAAAGAGACCACCAGCACCCCUCCACCCUCCGCCUGGUCAAAAGAGCCCACUCGGCAGAUAGACCGAGCUGUGCCAGAGAAAGUACAAAAUGGAGGAAAGGUGUUUUCAUUUGCUAAGAAAGAGACAAAGGAAGACAAGAGGAGAGAGAAACAAGAGAUCCCGAUGAAGAAGAGGAAGGCUCGCUCCAUCCUUCCUCUCAGCACCUCCAUGGAUCACAGGUCUAAGGAGGAGCAGCAGCAGGACUGCUUGACCCUGGCCACUAUCAGACACUCUGAAACUGUUCCAGCUCAGUGCGUGCCCGGGUCCGGAGAGAACAUCCAGCUGGGUCUGUUCGCAGACAGGGCGGCUCUCUACAGAAUGUUCCAGGAGGAAGGAGAGAGCCACAUAGAGGGAGGUCACUACGACUCUGCUGUAUACCUGCUGCUGUGGAAAGGGGACAUUGCAGGGGCUCUGAAGAUGGCCACUGAGAAAGGGGAGCUGACUGACCACCUGGUCUCCAUAGCACCAAUGGCGGGUUACCAGGUUUGGUCAAAGGCUGUGGAGGCCUUUGUGAAGCAGCUGUGUUUUCAAGAGCAGUAUCUCAAGGCUGCCUCCUACCUCCUCGCCCUGCACAAAGUCUACGAGGCCAUCGACCUUCUCAAGUCACAACAACUCUACAGGGAGGCCAUAGCGCUGGCCAAGGCCAGGCUCCAGCCUGAUGACCCAGUGCUGAAAGGCCUGUACACGACAUGGGCGGCAGUACUCGAGAAGGACGGGCAUUACUCCAACGCUGCUAAAUGUUACCUGGCUGCAGACUGUGCCUUUGAUGCUGCCAAGGUGAUCGCUAAGAAAGGGGACGUGGCUUCAUUAAAGACCGCCGCCAGACUGGCUAGCAUCGCGGGUGAAAACGACCUGUCACAUUCGCUGUGCUUGAGGUGUGCGAAGGAGCUGAUGUCUGAUCACGACUGGCUGGGUGCCCAGGAGGCGCUGAGGAUGCAGGAGAGCUUAUUGGUCCAUCGCAUAUUGCACUGCUGUAAUGAACUGCUCUUCGUGAGGCUGUCGGAGACAAAUGUGAUCGUAACCCGGAGCUGUCCCCUCACUCACAGCUGGGCCCGGCCUCACGGGGACAGCUUCCUUAACACAGUGAGGGGUGUGUGGCAGACGGAGUUUGGUGUCUCUGCUAAUGAUCUGGACAAAAUCAGAUCGCUCCACCAACAGCUGAAGGCGAUAGACAAUCCCGCCGCCACCCCCAACAUUCCCAUUAAUCAGCUCGUCUUCCAUGUGUCCCAGGACGUGACGCUGUGCGUGUUGAGUUGGCUGCUAGGCGAAUGGGGGGCGGGGCUAGAGGAGAUACUGGGAGCUGUGGCACGCUGCAAAGGGGCUGGGAACUUCUCUCUCAUGUCAGAGACCUGCAAGCUGCUCUUUCCUAAAGGAAUGGAGUCUAUCUCAGAGUACAAGACGAAGCUGGAUCCCACAGAUGAAAAGGGUUUGGCCGCUGCUCAGAGUCUGGAGGCCUUUGUGUGUUACCUGCAGCUUUAUGAGCUGUGGUGGACCAGCGGCUGCAAUGCCGUUCCAGGGACUCAGAAUGGCUCCAGGGUUGCACUGCAGUCAGACGGUAUCACGGAGGGCCAGAAUACAUCUACAGACCGUGGCUCGGACUUGCAGAACAUGGAGAGUGGGGUCAAGGAGGAAGUUUACGCUGGGCACUGCAGGUGCAUUCUGUCAGAGCCCCACGCCAAACUCCAGGUCACGCAGGUGGCUGUUGCCGAGAUCCAGCUGAGGGUGGCCAGCCUAGUGCACCAGCACAGCCAGGCCAAGGAGAGUGCUGCUAGCCCAGAGGAGGGACAGACCAACACUGCUGCAAGCGGUCAAGCCACUGCCUGCGCAAAGGAUGUAGCAGCUGCUGAUCCCGGACAGGGCAGCGUCAAUGAGUCUUUGCCCUCACUGAUUGCCAAGGUUUCUGAACUUCAUGAAGAACUGUCUGAAAUUCCCGAUCACAUAAAAAAGUACUCUUUCCCAGAUGUCAUCGAGUGCUGCCUCAUCCUUCUGUACCUGGACAGGAAUUCCACUCUUAUUCCAGAGCAACUGCGGAGUGAAGCCUUAGAUCUGUUGCGCAAAUACGGAACUACAUCUUCACAACGCAAAGCCUGUCAGAGAUUUCUAUCUUAAUAGUGAUGGACUUUUACAUCACUCUAUGAAAUAAAGGACUAUGCACUUAUGUAUUUUGUUAAAAGUAA